AUGGCGACAAAAGGCAAUUCUCUUCGCGAUCGCCAAAUAGCGUCGCUCAAGAAAAUGCUCAACUUGAACGAGACUGUCGAAUCCUCCGAAGCUGACGAGGCGCAUGCUAACGGUCUACUUGCUCCUGUCGCACCCAUUCUCGACGCCGAUGGCAACCCCAUCUGGAAAGUCCUGGUCUUUGACGAUCUUGGCCGAGAUGUUAUCAGCAGCGUAAUGCGUGUCAGCGACUUGCGCGCUAUGGGCGUAACGAUGCACAUGCAUAUUGGCGGCUCAAGGCACCCCAUCCCCGAUGUCCCAGUCAUUUACCUCCUCGAGCCGAAUGCGCAAAACCUGCAGGCCAUUACUUCCGACUUGCAAAAAGGACUAUACACUCCCGCCUACAUCAACUUCCUCUCCUCCCUCCCUCGUGUGCUUCUCGAGGACUUUGCAACACAGACAGCCACAACAGGCACAUCCGAACACAUUGCUCAGUUGUUCGAUCAGUAUUUAAAUUUUAUUGUGGCUGAACCAGACUUGUUCAGUUUGGGUAUGCAAAAGGAGCACACAUAUUGGGCAUUGAACAGUGCAGCCACCAGCGAUGAGGAGCUCGACCGAGUAGUGGACAAGAUCGUGAGCGGUCUUUUUAGUGUGAUCGCCACCAUGGGUGUUAUUCCCAUUAUUCGGUGCCCCAAAGGCGCUGCUGCUGAGAUGGUCGCUGCUCGACUUGACCGUAAGCUUCGAGACCAUAUUCUCAACUCCAAGGAAAACCUCUUUUCAGGACCUAGACCGAAUGCAUCAUCCGGCACUCACUCUUCUCGGCCUGUUCUCAUUCUUCUCGACAGAAAUAUUGAUUUGAUACCGAUGCUGUCCCAUUCUUGGACAUAUCAGAGUCUGGUUCACGACGUUCUCAAUAUGAAGUUAAAUCGCAUUACUAUUGAAACUCCUGCGGAAGAAGGAAAUCCGGCAAAGGGGCCUACCAAGAAGGGCUACGAUCUUACAACAAACGACUUUUUCUGGGCCAAGAAUGCGGGCAGUCCAUUCCCCCAAGUGGCGGAGGAUAUCGAUGCUGAGUUGACCAAAUACAAAGAGGAUACAGCUGCGAUCACAAAGAAAACUGGUGUUACGGAUCUCGAGGACCUCCAAGCCGACACUAGCGCCAGCGCUCAACAUCUCAAGGCGGCAAUAACACUGCUUCCCGAAAUGAGAGAACGCAAGGGCAUUCUGGAUAUGCACAUGAACAUAUUGGCAGCUUUGUUGACAGGUAUUAAAGACCGUCAGCUCGACAACUACUUUCAGUUGGAGGAGAACGUUGUGAAGCAAACUAAGGCCCAGAUUAUGGAGAUCAUCAAGGACGACAACAAAGGCACUGAACCUGUCGACAAACUGCGAUUGUUCAUCAUCUGGUUCUUGAGCACUGAGCAGGAAGUUAAUCGACAAGAAUUCGAGGGCUUCGAGAAGGCUCUCUCAGAAGCUGGUGCGGAUGUCUCAUGUCUGCCCUAUGUUCGACAGGUUCGCGCAACUACCAAGAUGACACAGCUUACCACUAUCAAUAACAACACCCCUCAACCGGCUCAAACAUCGGAUCUCUUUGGACGGUUCUCUUCGAUGUCUUCGCGUCUCACUGACCGCCUCAAGGAAUCAGGAGUUCCCACCGGAUUGUCAUCCAACUUUGAGAGUCUUAUCAGUGGUGUGAAGAACUUCCUUCCCGCUGAUCGUGAUUUUACUGUUACCAAGAUCGUUGAGUCCAUCAUGGACCCUUCUUCUGCCUCUUCUUCUGCCAUCGCCAAAACAGAACAUUUCCUCUACUAUGACCCUCGGUCCGCCAACGCUCGAGGCACUAUGCCUCCUCCUAGCGCUGUGCGAUCGGGAGGCACCAGCGCGCCGGGUGGUAUGCCUGGUCAAGUACCUGGCCAAACUGCCAGCUUUGGCCAAAGGCGGCAAGGCUUCAGCGAAGCUGUCGUCUUCACAGUUGGUGGUGGCAGCAUGGAUGAGUACGGCAACCUGCAGGAGUGGGUGAGUCGCACAGGAGGUGACAGAGCGAAGAAGAGGGUUGUUUAUGGUAGCACAGAAAUGGUGAAUGCUGCAGAAUUCAUCAAAGACGAGCUGGUCACGUUAGGGAAGGAGGUAGCAUCAUGA